AAUACAACUCUACGAUGGCCUUCCCCAACUGCCGAAGCAAAAGGGAAGCAAAAGGGAAAACGUCUUAUUUCCGGGGACGAAUUAUAAUAUUCCUUUCGAUUUUCGCGGAAAAUAAUUUCACUGUCAAAUUUUCCCGGGAAAAUCCCAAGCACAGAUUCUCGUUUUCCCUGGAUGCUUCUUCCUUACAUCCUCAAAGGCUAACAAAAUUAUAAAGCACGCCCAAUUGGCUCAAGUUUAACCAUAUAUUUUGAGACUCUAACUCAAUGGGAUGGAGGGGCAUUUUAUGUUCUUCCUUUUUCUUUAUAUCCCUAGUCGAGUCCUCUAGCAGAUUAGGAGAAAUGUGGUCACUAAACCUUGGUGCUGAAUCAUCAGCAGCUUUCAGCUGGCCAGUCCUCAGUGCUAGCAUUUUCGUACUUGUUGCUCUUCUUCUCUCCAUGUACCUUAUCUUUGAGCAUUUAGCUGCUUAUAAUCAGCCAGAGGAGCAGAAGUUUCUGAUUGGUCUCAUUUUGAUGGUUCCUGUCUAUGCACUGGAAUCGUUUUUGUCACUGUUGGACUCCAAUGCGGCCUUCAAUUGCGAAGCAAUUCGGGACUGCUAUGAGGCUUUUGCACUAUAUUGUUUUGAGAGAUACCUGAUAGCGUGCUUAGGUGGCGAGGAGAGGACAAUUGAAUUUAUGGAGAGUCAAAGCGUAGUCGACUCGAGCACACCUCUUUUGAAAGAAUCUUAUGCUUACGGAGUUGUAGAGCAUCCUUUCCCACUGAAUUGCCUCAUAGGAGACUGGCCUCUUGGCUCCGCAUUCUACUAUGCUGUUAAAAUUGGCAUCGUUCAGUAUAUGAUACUGAAAUUGAUCUGCGCUUUGCUAGCAAUGAUUCUUGAGUCUUUUGGUGUUUAUGGAGAGGGGAAAUUUGAUGGGAGAUAUGGCUAUCCUUACUUGGCAGUUGUUCUAAAUUUUAGUCAGACAUGGGCCCUAUACUGCCUUGUGCAGUUUUACUCUGUUAUUAAAGACAAAUUACAACCCAUUAAACCCUUGGCAAAGUUUCUGACUUUUAAGUCCAUUGUGUUCUUGACAUGGUGGCAAGGAAUCGCUGUUGCAUUUCUUUUCUCUAUGGGUGCCUUCAAAGGGUCAUUGGCUCAGGAGCUGAAAACUCGGAUACAAGACUACAUCAUAUGCAUAGAGAUGGGUGUUGCUGCUGUAGUCCACCUUUAUGUGUUUCCAGCUGUACCUUACAAACGUGGAGAAAGAUGUGUUCGUAAUGUUGCUGUAAUGACUGACUAUGCAUCUCUGGGAGCACCUCCCGAUCCAGAAGAGGUACGUGAUUGUGAAAGAACAACCAGAGUGCAUUUGGCAGUGGCACGGCACGAUGAGAGAGAAAAGCGCCUGAAUUUCCCCCAGAGUGUUCGUGAUGUGAUUUUCGGAAGUGGAGAAAUUAUGGUGGAUGACAUGAAGUAUACAGUUUCUCAUGUGGUAGAACCAGUUGAAAGAGGGAUUGCAAAGAUAAACAAAACCUUGCAUCAGAUAUCCGAGAAUGUGAAACGCCACGAGGAGCAGAGGAAGAGCAUCAAGGACGAUAGUUAUCUGAUCCCCUUGAAUUCAUGGAAUAGAGAGUUUUCCGAUGCUCACGACAAUCUUGUUGGAGGCAGUGCCAGUGACAGUGGCAUAACCAGUGGUAGGAGGCAGCAGUCCCAGUCUAAAGCUUCAACAUCUCGGACUAGAGCGUGGAGAUGAUGCUAACAGCUGUAUGUAAGACAAACGCUAGAGUAAAAUUGUAAAUGCUGUCGUGAUUUCGGCGUGAUUUUUAGAAGACGUCGAUAUAGUUGGGCUGGCCAGAAGAGUUGGUGGUUUAUGGAGCUAACUCGUCGAAGAGGACGAAAAACAUUCAUGAAUUUGGGCAUCAAGAAGGAUCGUGUUGAUCAAUCCGUUGAUGAGCCGUGGAAAGUAGAGAAUGGUGGAGCACUCGAUCGACGUACUGACAGAGCUAAUGGCACAUUCACUGUAUUGAACAUAUCUCUAAGUCUCGAAACAAUUUGAAUACAACCUACGAAAAUAUAAUUUUAAUUUUGGCAGAAGCCGUUGUGGUAUGGGACCUUUUCAGACAAACUGUGUUUUGAAAAUGAAAUUUGAUUAGGCCAGUAGCACUAUCUUACAUA